CGCUUCAGAGAAACGCCGCCAAAGCUCGUUCGCAGGGCAGUCGCGCGCAGUCGGCGCCCGUAAAUAGGCAACGCAUAAUUUGGGAUUAUAAUUUGAGCUGCUUUGCAGCCGAAUUGACAAUUAGUUUAUUUAUUUUCGUUUCACUGUUUCACUGUUGUUGUUGUUGCCUUUAUUUGGUGAAGAAAGCAUGCGAGAAGAACAAUAGCACUGCAAUAUGGAGAUGUCGGGCUAUCAGGAUAUAAGCGCACUCGAAAAAUCGGUGGCCAAUGCUGGCAGCCAGCUGUACACGAUGGCCCACAAGCUGCACGCCGUGGAGCGCAGCCUGGACCAGACGGCCAUGGAGCAGAUGGACGAAAUGGAGGUAAUGGAGCUGCUCGAGUCGAUGACCGAGGUGAAGAACGAGUACCAGAACCUGCGCAAGGACAUACAGGAGGUGCAGCAACUGCAGCGUGACGUCAGCACGUCCAUACGCUACCAAAUGACCAACAUGCAGCAAACAUUCCAAAUGCUAAAGAAACGCAUAGCCAGCACACAGCAGAGGCGUGGCCAUCCACGGGAUCAGCUGCCGGGCCCAGCGACAGUUGCGGCCCAUCCCCACUGAGGCAAAGCAAACGGUGUGCAAUGUGCAUAUGCGUGCGUGUCGUGUCUGUAUGUGUGUUAGUGGGUGUGGUAUAGUAUGGAUGUAGUGUGUGGUGUAGUGUA